AUGACGAGACGUAACGAAGAUUUUGACGAACUCUGUGAUCCAGAAAAUCCACAAAUAAUUAAAUAUGAAGAUAUAUUAGAAGCAGCAAAACGAAUAAAAAAAUUUAUAACACCGACUCCUUGCCUGGCAUCGCACUACCAGCGCGAGAGUGGUAUCAACAUUUACUACAAAUUAGAAACAGUUCAAAGAACGGGAAGCUUUAAGGAACGAGGAGCGAUCAAUGCUUUACAGUUGUUACCAAGAGAUAGUCAAAAAAUCGGUGUGGUGGUAGCUUCUCUUGGUAAUCAUGCUAUGGGCAUCUGUUACUAUGGCCAGAAGCUAGAAAUACCAAUCACUGUCAUUAUGCCUACCUGUGUUGCGGUUAUAAAAAUGCAGCUUUGCCAAAACUUGGGUGCCAAAGUUAUAGUUCAAGGCAACAACUUGGUAGAUGCACAAAAGUACGCCAGAGCCUAUGCGAAGGAUAAAGGACUCACAUAUAUUAAACGAGACUAUCCAAAUAUCAUAUGCGGUUAUGGGACUAUUGCUGUAGAAAUAUUGGAACAAAUACCAUGUCUUGAUGCAAUAAUAGUACCAGUCGGGAGCGGUGGCCUGGUGGCGUCUGUGGCUACAGUCGUUAAGCACUUAAAGCCAGAAUGCCUGGUUUACGGUGUACAAUCUGAAAGACUUCCAACUUUUUUCAAGUCUUUAGAAGCUGGAGAACCCAUAACAUUACCUUACGAACCGUCAAUAGCUGAAGGCAUAGCUAUGCCAUACGUCGGUGUUAAUGCAUUUUAUAACGUUAAAGAUAAGCUUGAUAAAUUGUUACUAGUGAAAGAAGAUUGGGUUGCUCGAGCCAUUUUGCACUUGGUAGAGAAUGAACGCUUCGUUGUAGAGGGAGCUGGCGCAUGCCCUUUAGCUGCUAUCAUCGGCAAUCUCGUGCCGGAACUUAAAACAAAGAAUGUGGUGUGCAUCUGCAGUGGAGGUAAUAUUGACGCUGUUCUACUCGGACGCAGUUUGGACAGAGGCCUAGCAGCAGAAGGACGACUGAUUAAAUUCAAAGUCCUAAUUAAGGAUUUCGCAAGUGCCUAUGAAGAGUUAAUGAAAUUGUUAGCCGCUAUAGGAUGUAAUAUAAUCCGACAGUUUCAAGAUCGCAUCUGGGUAGAGAAUGAAAUAUAUCGAGUUGAGAUUAAAAUUGUUUGUGAAACAAGAGAUGUGAAACAUGCCUUGGAACUGAAACGAAUAAUUGAGAGGGCAUACCCUGACGCUUGUCUAUUUGAAACUGAACCUUUUAAUGAUGACAAAACCUGCCCUUGCUAUGCAAAAUGCAAAUAA